GUGCACAGUCUAGAUUUUACUUUCUUCAAUUCGCCAUUCAAAAGUUUCCUUCUCGCGCGAAAAAAUCCACCCAAAAGUGAUCCUCUCACCACAAAAAAUUUUAUUUAACUUCCUGUGUUUUCUUCGGCAUUUUCCGACCCCACUUCUGGAUUAAAAAAAAAGUUUUUCGUGUGAAUUUUUCGCAGCAUCUUCUGCCACAAUGAAAGUCUUGAUCGUUUUUGCCGUGUGCUUGGUGGCACUGUCAGCUGGUGAGCGACGAUUUGCCCGCCAGGCUGCCUUUGGUCAACCCCAGCCACAGGCCUUCCAGCAACAGCCACAACAGCCACAGCGGCAGUUGCGUCAGCAGCAACCACAGCAACAGCCACAGCAGCCACUUGCCGAGGAGCGGGCACACCAUGCUGCCCCGCGUGAGUACAGCCAGCAGCCACAGCAGCAGCAACUCGUCCGCCAGGAGACCACCACGUGGAUCCCCAUUCUCAAGUACAACAAGGAACAGGGCAAUGAUGGCAGCUACAAGACACAGUACGAGACUGGAAAUAACAUCAUUGCCGAAGAGACGGGCUUCCUGAGGGAUUUCAAUGAGAACACCCCCAAUGGUGUGCUCGUGCAGAGUGGAAGCUACUCCUACACAGCUCCCGAUGGCCAGCUCGUGAAUGUUCAGUACACAGCUGAUGAGGGAGGUUUCCGUGCCACUGGAGACCACAUCCCAACACCACCACCAAUCCCAGAAGAAAUCCAGAAGGGUCUUGAGCAGAUCUACGAAGGCAUCAGGCUGCAACAGGAGCGAGAAGCCAAGGAAGCCAAGGAGAAUCCCGCUGAGUACGCCAAGAAGCAGGAAGAGCGAGCUCGUCUCAACUACCACGGGCAGUACUACCCCAACUAGAUGAAAUCCCCCGUCCCAUGUUCCCCAAUAAAUCAUCCUCCUUGAAACCCUCUAAUCCUGCCACGGCGCAUUUGUGCGCUCGCCAUCUCUACCCAUGCAAUAGAUUAAAUGCUCUGCACGUUGUUUCUAUUAAAGACUGUGAUUUUACACGCAAGGAAAAUGAAUGCCAUUCUGGAAAAUCGGUGAGAAAUAAAAAUGUACCUUAAAAAUGAAA